AGGAAAACGGCGGUUUAGGGUUUAUAAACAACUUACAUAGUACAAAAACUCCUUAGACCCUUUACUUUGAGGGUUUUGGGUUAUUUUGAUUCACCAGUCUCCUUCCUCAGUUCCUCCUUCCCUGCAGCUCCUUCGACAUCAAACCAACGAUGCCGAAGCAUUACAGACCUGCGGGCAAGAAAAAGGAAGGAAACGCCGCCAAAUAUGUUACUCGUUCGCAGGCUGUCAAAGGUCUCCAAGUUACCCUCCCUCUCUUCAGGAAGAUGUGCAUUUGGAAGGGUAUUUUCCCUCGAGACCCGAAGAAGAAAAUAAAAGGGAAUCAUCAAACAUAUUAUCAUACGAAGGACAUAUCUUUCCUCCAUCAUGAUCCACUUGUGGAUAUACACCGUGAUAUUAGGGCGCAGGACAAGAAGAUUAAAAAGGCUUAUUCGAAAAAAAAUAAGCCCCGUGCUGUCCGUCUAGAAGAACACAAGCCCACUUACAAUUUAGACAGGCUUAUCAUAGAGAGGUACCCAAGGUUUAUUGAUGCUCUUGGAGAUUUGGACGACUGUCUGACUAUGGUGCACCUGUUUGCUGCUUUGCCCACAUUACAGAAUGAAAAAGUUGAAGUAAAACAUAUCCAUAGCUGCCGUAGGUUGAGUCAUGAAUGGCAAGCAUACAUUUCACGCACUCACAAGUUACGCAAAACUUUUAUUUCAGUGAAAGGCAUUUAUUAUCAGGCAGACGUUGAUGGACAAAAAAUAACAUGGAUAGCCCCUCAUUCAAUCCAACAAGUCUUGACUGAAGAUGUUGAUUUUAAUGUCAUGUUAACCUUCCUGGAAUACUAUGAGACUCUUCUUGCCUUUGUGAACUUUAAACUUUACCACUCUAUUAAUGUAAAGUAUCCACCGAUGCUUGAUCCUCGCUUGGAAGCAUUAGCAGCAGAUCUAUAUGCACUUUCAAGGUACAUUGCCAGUAGAUCCAAGGAGCAAGACAAUCAUGAAUUGGCUAGUCAAGUAGAUGAAUCACAACUAACGCUUGCACAACUUCAACAUCAGCUUGCUCCUAGUGAGCCUGGAGCGCUAAUGCAUCUUAUUGAAGAAGCGGAGACGGUGGAUGAGGCUGAUGAAGAAACAAAGGAGUGCAGGUCGCUUUUCAAGGACACAAAGUUCUUCUUGGGCCGAGAGGUUCCCCGGGAGCCGUUGCUUUUUGUGAUCACUGCCUUUGGUGGAACAAUCUCUUGGGAGGGAGAUGGAGCUCCAUUCGAGGAGUCUGACCCGAGCAUUACUCAUCAGAUUGUUGAUCGGCCAACUCAGAAUCACAUGUUCCUCUCUAGAGCGUAUAUUCAGCCUCAAUGGGUGUUUGAUUCCGUAAAUGCACGUAUUAUACUGCCGACUGAGGAUUAUGUGGUUGGAAGGGUUCCUCCACCACAUCUUUCUCCCUUUGUUGACAAUGAGGCAGAGGGGUACAUUCCUGAUUAUGCACAGAAAAUUAAGCAACUGCAGGAUGCUGCUAGAAUCAUGCCAGUACCAGAAGUUGGGAAUGAACAUCAGGAUAACACCCAGAACAUAGUGUUGGAUGGUGUUGCUGAUCGUAUAGAAGCUAACAAGGCAGCAGAGAUGAAGAAAAAGAUGUCCGCUGGUCAGAAACAGUUUCACGAUGAGCUGAAAAUGGAAGUUGAGGGUGUCAGCCCUGCAACUGGCACUAUUAAGAAUGUCAAGGUUACUACUGAUCCAGAUGAAUCUGAUAAGGAGCAAAUAUCUGAGCACCCUGAUAUGUCAGAAAUGACAAUGUCGCGCCGAAAAAGAGGGCUUUAUGAAUCAAUACGUAUCAAUAAAGAACGCAAGAAGGCUAAGGUUGACGUGAUUGAGUCUAGGAAACGAAAUAUCAAAGAAAGCCAGAAGUGAGGAAAAGAUUAAAAGCCGCUGCAUUUGUUUGGAAAAUAUUUGCUGUAUAAUUUAAGGUUCAAGUUAUUAUUCUGUGUUAUUAUCUGAAAUUUUGGUAGCAGCAGUUGUGUCUGAGGCAGAAAUCCUUCUUUUUUUCUGAUAGCUUGUUCAAUCUAUUGUAUUUUUGGCUCGCCAAGUCUUUUGACUCUCUAGAUCUGUUUACAUAUAAUUCAUCUUGUGAAAUUUAUUGUUGCAUGUGUUCUUUACUGAUUA